CUGAAAUCAACAUGGCUGGGCCACGUCGUGCUACCUCGUUUUCCCCUCUUAUACUGAAGGCUCCCAUACAUUCCAUUCCUUUCUUCCUCUGAUAUCCCUUGGAAUGCUUCUGGGGAUUUCGAGAAAAUCAAUUCACCCCACCAACUCAUCUAUCGAUAACCCGAUUGCAUAGAUCGAACUAUUUACCAUCGGUCUUUUGGUUCCGAUCUUCACCUGUUCUUCUUUAUCCCAGCGAUCUUAAUUCCGACGGGCUUUAUUCUAGUCUUCAAUUGCGAGACAAAUAAUUAAAUAUAUCUACGGUCCACCAAAAUGAAAAAGAACGACGCCAUCGCACUCAUCAUCAUCAUCCUUUUCCUCAUCCUCGCCAUCGCCGGCUUCGGAAUCUACGCCAUGCAAAACCACGUCUCGUUCUUCUCGAAGAAGAGAGCCGUCGAUGAAGAAAGUGCAGAAGAAGGAGGAUAGUUUGCGAUAAAAAAUUUCCGAACUCUGAAUUUUUACUCAACUUUUAUCUGACGACGCACGAUGUCGCAACUGUUCAUUCAUACCUCGGGACGACCCGACUCGGGCUAUUGACUCCAUGCCCCCCCCUCCCCCCACCGGAACACGCAUUCCAACCCCCCCGAGCCGCUAUGGAUUGCUUUUCUCCCACUACCCUUAAUUCAUCGCGGAUACUGCCGAUCGAACUUUCUCUAUUAUGCUACGCUACGCUAUACAUACGACCUAUAAAUAUCGGGGACAGAUGGGUUUUGAUUAUGGGAUCACGAACUGCGAUGCGAGGAACUCUUAUGCUGAUUAUGUUUAUGUUUAUGGUUAUGUCUUAUGGUUUGAUAUGAGUUUAUAUGACUUUUGGGUAUUCCUUUCAUGUUGCUUUCCGUUGUCGGUGGCUUUUGUUGGAAAAGUACGUAUUGGUGUUCAUAUUGUUCUUGUUCUGUGGUUAUAUAUCAAUUUUGGGAUACGUUGACAUGAUUUUAGGAUGUGCAUAUUUUCUAGGUGGAUUGAUGGAAUUGUAUCAUAUGUUUGUUAGAUUUGAGAUAUAUCAGAUUUCUUUGAUGAGAUAAUGAGAUGGAUUUUAUGCUGCAUGUUGAUUUUCAGGAGUUGACCAUUUGAUACUAGUAUAAAGGACUCAAAUGUGUAUCAUUAUAAUUUUAUGUUAAGA